AUGUCUAGUAUCGGUCGGAUAUCGGAGUUUAAUCCGUACGAAGAAGAUAUUAGUUCGUAUUUGUUACGUUUGAAACACUUUUUCAAGGCCAACGAGGUCAAGGACGUGAAGCAGGUCUCCAUCUUGAUUACUGUAAUAGGCCCUAAAAUAUUAGCCGUCCUCACCGAUCUUAUUUCUCCUAAGAAGAUUGAUGAAGAAUCUUACGAUAAUUUGAGCAAAAUCUUGGAAGAUCAUUAUUCUCCUAAACGCCUUGUGGUCGCUGAGCGUUAUACUUUUUAUAGUCGAUGCCAGAAACAAUCUGAAAGUAUUGCAGAGUUCGUAGUGGCAGUGAAGCAUUUGGCUUCGACGUGUGAUUUUGGAACAUUCUUAUCGGACGCACUGAGAGACAAGUUAGUUUCGGGAAUUAAAAAUGAAGCAAUUCGUCAAAAAUUACUUCCCGAAGAAAUGGAUUUGAAGAAAACGUUGGCUCUUGCACUCAGGCUUGAACAGGCCGAGAAACAGACAGGUAAGGCCGAUGAGCCUAAAGUCGUUUCUGAUUUGAAACAAAAGUAUGCCUCUGUGUUCAAAGGAGGCCCUGGUGAAAUUAAGGAUGUUGAGGCACGUAUUGUGCUAAAAGAGGAUGCUGUGCCAAAAUUUUGUAAAUAUCGCCCUGUUCCUUACGCGUUGCGUAAAUCAGUAGAAGAUGAGAUUGAUAGGAUGAUUGCUGAAGGUAUUGCUUAUCCCGUUACCAGCUCUCAGUGGGCUACUCCUAUUGUGGUGAUUCAGAAGAAAAGUGGGGUGCGACUCUGCGGGGACUUUAAAGUAACCCUUAAUCAAGUGAUCCAGUCGGAACACUAUCCCUUGCCUCAACCGGAGGACAUUUUUGCUACUCUAGCAGGUUGUAGCUGGUUUUCAGUUUUGGACUUGGAGGCAGAGUAUCUCCAACUUCCUGUGGCGGAGGAGUCCCAACCACUCUUGACUCUAACUACGCACAAAGGCUUAGUGCGUUUGCGACGUCUGCCGUAUGGUUUGUCUUCGGCUCCGGCUCUCUUUCAAGCGGCCAUGGACAAAAUUAUUGGUGGCCUACCUGGGUCAGUGGCAUAUUUGGAUGACGUACUGGUGGGAUCUACAACGGUGAAAUCUACUCACCCGGAUCUUCGCAAGAGGAAGCGUUGUCACGCUUGGAGAGUGUUCUUCAACGUCUUCAAAGUUAUGGAGUCAAGGAAAAAUGUCGUGUUACAGACUGACCAUGCUCCUUUAGUGACAAUCUUUGGAAAUAAGCGGGGAGUUCCCUGUGUCGCCGCUGCGCGUCUUCAACGAUGGGCCCUGAUCCUCUCCGCCUACAGUUUUGAAGUAAAGUACCGCCGUGGCUUGGACUUGCCACAUGCGGACGCUCUUUCGAGAUUACCGUUACCUGAUGACGACCAAUUGGAGCUGGAUUCCAACUACAUCUCUCAUGUUUCUUCCCUGGUAGAGGCCUUUGACUGUUUCAAAUUGGUGAGUGAUCUCAAUCCUAUUACUGCUAAGGAUAUCGCUCGACUUACUGAUACUGAUCCUGUUUUGACAAAGGUCAGAGAUUUCAUUUGGCAUGGAUGGCGUGAUAGUCAAGAUUCUGAGCUGGUUGCUUAUUUUCGAAGAAGGGAUGAGUUGUCCGUAGAGAACCAGUGUGUUUUAUGGGGUAGUCGAGUAGUGGUGCCAGAGAAACUGAGGAGUGCCGUUAUCCAAUUGCUGCAUGAUCAGCAUCCCGGAAUAAAUCGGAUGAAAAUGUUAGCCCGAAGCUUUGUUUGGUGGCCGGGAAUUGAUAAAACCAUUGAAGAGACUGUUCUCUCAUGUCAUGUGUGUCAGUGUACAAGGAAUGCUGUGGCUAAGGUGCCAUUAUGUCAGUGGCCUAGAGCUUCAAGUAGGUGGCAGCGCAUCCACGUGGAUUAUGCGGAAGACCCACUAACAAGACAACAAAUGCUCAUAGUUGUUGAUAGUUUUAGCAAAUGGCUAGAAGUGUUUAUCAUGAAAUCUACUACAUCGUUUAAAACCAUUGAAAAACUGCGUACGCUGUUUGCGUCUUUUGGCCUACCGGAAGAAUUGGUCAGUGAUAAUGGUCCCAAUUUUGCUAGUGGGGAAUUCAGAGAAUUUCUGAGCAACAACGGUAUUAAGUUUACGCUCUCACCUCCUUACCAUCCUGCCUCGAAUGGGGCUGCAGAAAGAUUUGUACAGGAAGUCAAGAAGAACCUUAAAAGACAGGUUAUGGCUAGUGGUUCUGAGACCAUUUCUUUACAACAUAAAUUGGAUAAUUUCCUCUUUGCAUUUCGCAACACACCCAGUACUGUCACUGGUGUUACCCCUGCGGAAUUGUUCCUUCAAUGGAAACCGAGAACUAAGUUGACAAUGCUUAAACCCUGUUUAUUGUCAGCCAUUGAUAAGAAGAGGGAGGCGCAGAAGGAAGCAGCCGAUAACCAUCGGGGAAGUUUCAGAUCCUUUGUGGAGGGAGAAAAGGUGCUUGUGAAGUCAGUACGGCAGGAGAUCAUUUCUUGGAUUCCUGGGAGAAUUUUGGAGCGGAAAAGUCCGUCUACUUAUGUGGUGAGCGUCCUGGGAGGUAAAAUACGUUUCUGCCACGCAGAUCAUUUGAGAUCUAGUAAGUUGACUGAGGAAGAGGAAGUUACAGUCAAUAGGCCGGUAGUGCAAUCUCCGAUCAAAUCCCCUGAGAACAAGUCUGCUGUGGGAAUACAAACUCCGCCAGAGCGAUCACCUCGUGUCAUGGAAACUCGGAAUACAUCACCAAGACAACAACGGAGUGUAGGCCUACCAAAAUCUCCAGCUACGCACACUACAGACGAGCAUCCCGAAGUGCAGCCCAGCCAGCAGUGCAGCCCGCCAUCACUUCGGAGAUCUCAAAGGACUGUGCAAAAGCCGAAGCGGCUCGACCUUUAA